GUAUUGCGGGGAGGGGAGAGAGGCAGGCUUGGUUGGGUGUGCGUCAGUCUCAGACAGACAGGCAGGGACCUGGAUGCGGGAAGCAAGCGCGAAUGUAAUGCAGCGGAGACGGGUAGGUGCAGUGGAUACUGCCGUUUGACGCAAGAGGCUGGAGCGCGCUCUGGCAAACGUCGAGGGCGUCGAGGGCGGAAGCGAGGGUGAAGAUGCGAUACAACAGCACUCGGCGUGUCUGAGUAAGAGGUCGGCAGCAGUGUGCUGGCGUGGUGGGGAAAAAGGAGCGGUGAUGGGAUGGAUGGUAGGAUGGUGGCCGCCGAAAAGCCCAAGCGUGGAUAUCCCCUGGGACUCGGUGCAUGUGCAGGGGCCCGACAAAGGAACGACCGACGAAAACUCCGUGCAAAGCAAAGAACGAGUGGGAGGCGGCAAAUCGCUCUCGACGGCUGCGCUGUGGGGACGGCUGAAGAAAUCAGACACAAGACCCUCUCCCGACCCUGGGAAAGGGUGGAAAAGGGGUUCAGUCGUCAACUCUUGGUGGGUUCAACUUGUUCCCCCCAUGUUGCCUCUACGCACCAAAGACGUUAGCCCUCCGCCAGCCUCAGUCCAAGCGUACAUAUCCGCACCCACAGCUGCUAUCUGCAGACCCUUGCCCGGCUCUGUUCGCGUAGCAUUCCGGCUAUAUACCAUUGUCCUAUGGCACCAGUCCUCCGACCACCUUUGCCUAACCCUCUGCGCGCUAUCUGGCCUUGCACCGCGCGCCGUGCACACUGCUGCUCUAUCUGAAUCUCACGGUUUUUCUGGUAGCGACGUUUCUGUAGUGACGACUUGCGUCAACGGCAAUCAUGCCGACCAUCCUUCGCUUCUCUGCCCCUGCGACAUGCCAUUGCUCUACUACAGAACCAUUCGCAAUCUCCGUGUCACAAAGCCUUUGUUGACCAAACCUCGACGUCGCAUCUCGCUCCCCCAAUCAGUUGUGCUAGUUGCGUUGCAUAGCGCCAGCCUCGUGAGACGAACGCGUUGGCGCUGGCGGGAGGAGCGCCACAUUGCACGUGCUGCCGCGUUUGCCUUCCGAGUCACCAUCAUGUCUUGCAAACGUCUGCCGGCAAUCUUCCUCUGUGCGCAUGCCCCAACAAACAUGAUCGAUCCGCUCAAACGUCUAUCCACUUGACUCGAGACCAAGUAUGCCCCAUAGCGGCGGUGACCAAUAAAA